UGAGUAUUAUGCGCUCAGAGGCAUCCGAGUUGACCGAGUUGAACCGGGUCAAGUUCUUUGCACCUUCAAAGUUCCUCCUCGCCUCACUCAAAACCAGUUGAACCAGUAGAAUCAACAAGGGGAUGGAACUCCAGUCCCUUCACCACGAAACUCUCCUCAACAGUCCCGAGAAGGGUCACUUGACAGAUGAACAUCACAUACGAAUGACCAACAAGGGGAUGAUCAAGCUAUCGAUGGAGCAUCGAAGCAACUAAUUGUAGAACAGGUCAACUAUGCUCUUCAAGCUUUUGUUAGUGGGUUGCCAACUGUACCAUUAACUCCACCUCCGAAUAACACCGCAACCAUAGAUAAUCCACACUCUGGACUUGCCAAUUCAGGCAGUGGAGGUACUCCCAGCGAAUCUCGUGAUGAAAGGUCAGGUAUUCUAAUUAAUUCUGAUUUACAAAGUUUAGUACUAACUUUGCAGAAACAGCUCAAGGAGUAGAACGAUCGCAUAGAGCAAAUACUUGGUGUUCCACCCUUAAUCAAAGAGGUGGAUAUUGAUAAAUAUUCUCAACAACCCUGGAAGUGCCGCUCCUUUAGAAAGUUUAAGAUGUCCGAUAUCCCGAUGUAUGAUGGGACAACCGAUCCACGAGAUCAUGUAACUGCAUUUACAACUGGCGUGAAAGGCAACGACUUGACCAAGCAAGAAAUUGAGUCAGUGCUGGUCAAAAAAUUUGGUGAAACACUCACAAAAAGGAGCUCUAACAUGGAUAGAGAAGGGAAACUAGCAUCAGGCGCCAUCGCGAAUCUAGUUGACGAAGUCGGGGGUGCUGUAGUCUUUGUGGAGGGUCUCCCAAUGAAUGUAUCUGUGGACAUGUCAAUUUCAUUUCUUUCAAGUGCGAAGGCCGAUGAUGAAUUGGAGAUCGUUGGUCGAGUCUUAGGUCAGAAAGGAGGUUAUUCUGGAACAAAUGUACUUGUGAAAAAUAAAGCUACUGGGGAGCUCAUUGCUGAGGGGCGGCAUUCACUAUUUGGUAAACAUGCUAGUAAAAUGUGAUGAAGUAUUUUUCUUGACCAAGAUGCCUCUUUGAAGAUGCGGUUCAGUUUCUACUAUCUGGUCCAUAUGUUUUCUUCUUAGAUAAGUAAGUGGUAGUACAUAGUUUUUUUUGUUGCUGCGAUAACAUGUAUUGAGCAGCAUUAUGCCUGUGAGGAAUAAGUGCGAUGUAAAUAUUUGCUUGUUAGUGGAGAUGGAUACAAGAUUUUCAUUUGGUGCCGAGUAGCCAUUGAAUUUGUACUCGCACAGAGUUCCUAAAUUGUUGGUGCAUUAAAAGAGAAAAAGUUUGUGAUUGAGGCAUAA